GGGGCUGACUACGCGCUAUCGACGUUGAGACGGUUGAGCUUGUUGUUUGGUUUCAUCGUGGGUUACCUCGGCAAAGCAGUGAGUCGAGAGUUUCUUGAUUGCAGGUGUAACGUCUCAGAUUUUACCAAGACUAAUGAUGAAGUUGUUGUUCAUAGAAGUACUAAUCUUCUUUCUACACUCUUCAGCAGCAGAUUUUGACCUUCGGACAAAUUCAUCUGUAGUGGGCUCUCUGGCUGGGACAGUCUCUUUGUCUUGCUCUCUUUCUCCUUCCCAGGAUGCACUUGGCAUGCAGGUUGAAUGGUUUUAUGGCAAAAGUAUUGGAGAUGUUCAAGUGUUUUUCUACAGCAAUGGAAAAGGUCAAGGAAGUAAAGGAUACGAAUUCCGUGCAAAAAUGGACCAGUCACAGAUGACAUCUGGUAUUCUUUCUCUGGUCCUUUCCAACCUGACCAGUGCAGACAGUGGAAAUUAUUGGUGUAAAGUAAUCGAUGGGGCAUUGGAAAAAUAUGUAAUGACAGAAUUAAAAGUAGGACAUAUGGGCACCAGGCCCGAAUUCCAAAUGGACAAGUAUGCCUCCCGCAUUGUAACUCUCUCAUGUGUGUCUAAUGACUGGUACCCAGCUCCUGUGGUAUCGUGGGUAGUGGGAGAAGAUGGAAAGCCAAUGGCAAGUGAGAAGUCCGAAGAUAUUGCAAAUAACAAGGCACACAUUAAUGUCAGAGAAACACUGAGCCUGAGAGCAGAAAAUGAUCUUCAAGUGACCUGCAUAAUGUCAAACCCAGUGCUUGGUACCAAGACCCAGGAGACUCUACGGAUCACUGGUGAUUUCCCCCCAGAUGUUUCACCCUGGUUUAUUGCGUUCAUUGUGCUUUUCCUGAUAGUACUUGCCAUUGCUGCAUGGGUUGCUUGGAAGUUUUGGGAGAAGAAGAAAAUUAUUAAGGAAAAGAAAGCCCAGGCAUCUGAAGCAGAGAAAGAGCCCUUACUGGAAGAGUUUGAACGGGAAAAGAAGGAUGCCAAAGCAGAGUAUGAGAAACUGAAGAAAGAAUUGGACCAAGCAAGGAUAGUCAAUGGCUCAGAAUGGAAUCGCAUUCAAAACCAUAAGAAUCCAAAUGUAACCUUGCUAAAUUCAGAUGGUAAAUCCAGCACCCCUUUCUCUAGCGGUCAUCACUAUUGGGAGGUUGAUGUUGGUGAAAAAAACUGGGCCGCGGGUUUAGUCAAAGAAGGUGUCGAAUUGAAAGGUGGAUGGGACGUUUUAAAGAAUAUGUCUCCUGACAAAGGAGUGUGGGCUUUGGCUCAUAAAAGUAACCUUGGCUACCGUGCCCUGAUCCCAACAUCCACUGGUCCAUUUCCCAUCACUCCUGCAUCAGACCCUAAAAAAUUAGGAUGUCUUCUUGACUGGGAUGAAAAGCAGCUAUCUAUCUAUGAUGUGGGGAGAACGCACAGGCUCUUCACCUUUGAUUGUGACUCUGACAAACCUGUUUAUCCAUUUCUCCGCCUAAAUAUUUGAUACUCGUGACCAUAUACAGCCCAACACAUUGAAACGGGGAGUACAUACAAAUGGAUUUCAUCUGUGCCACUCAGGAGGGACAGUGUGUGCAUCUGUGUAUGAAUGUGUGCAAGUGAGUCUUAUUAUAGAUUUUUGAAGGUGUCUCCAUUUAAUUAGUAACUCAUGACAGAAAUUAUGAAUGUCAGCAUUUUUUGAAGAAAAUCUUACUAUUUUAUUUUUAACUCUAAUCUCCUAAACUAAAAUUGUCUAAACUUAUUAUGGAGUUGCAGCAAAAAUUAUGAUUGAGGAAUUCUCUACACAACACACAUUUCAGCUUCAAUUUAGAAUGAAAUGCUCUUGAAAAAUUAUUUUAUUCCACUCCAGCAAUUUCACUCAGGUUGACAUUGGUUCAAGAUGAUCCCUUUUACAGCUAUUGUACUGUUGCAAAAGAAACAUACAUUUUAAAAUAACCUUGUAAGCAAAACUGUAAAGGGUUGUUGAUCAUAUUGAAGUGGCUUGAUGCUGUGUAUGAAAUAGUCACUGAUUGCAUGAAUAUGUGUUUUAUACUUAAAUCAAAUGCUGCUGUGCCACCUUGAAAUGUUAUUCGCAUUAAUAAUGUAAUCUUUAUCUACUUUCUUUCUUUGGUAAUACUGUCACAAAUUUUACAAAGCAUUACUGUAAUAAUAGAAUUCUAAAUAAUGUGUACAAAAUAUUUACAGUAUGUGGUGUAUUGACUCUGUACAAGAAUGUGUACAAGCUUGUCAACAGUAGAGUAACAUCAGUGGGCUAAGGUAGAUGGAAUGUGUACUGAUGUCCUGAGAGGGAGUCGAAACAAUUUGAAGAGCAUGAUUCAGUUUAAAAAGAAAAAAAAAUUGUGUUUUGACUAAUCACUUUAGGAAUUAAUGCAGUUUACAUUGAUCAUCUUCAUUGCUCAUUUAAAAGCAUUUUGAAAGUAAGUGUCAUAAAUGUUUAAAUUGUACAGUGAGACCUGCAGGUGUUCUUGUUCUUCCAGAGUAGCCUUUCAGGACUUUCAUUUAUGUCCGCCGAAUCAGUGGGAAGUGAAGAAAAAUUAGUUUUAGUAAGAGAAACAGCUUUUUGUAUUGCUUUGAAAUUGUGUUUGUAUGCUGCUUAUUUAAUGAGGCUGAUGUUAACAAGUGAUAUGAGGUAUCUUUUAUAAGGGCUUCCAAAUCUCGUAAUCUGUGGUCCUAUGCCUUGCUUAAAAUUAGCUGCUUUGUUCCUGCUAAAUCACACCUCUUAUUUUCUUUGAACAUUUUUUAGUAAAAUAAUAAUUAAAGGACAGUAUGAUACAAAAUGAAUUGUACUAAUUAUAUGUCAGUGUAUUUUUCAUUUUACCAAGGUGUUCUUUAGUAUUGUAUAAUUAACUCAUUGGUUCAUUCUUUUUCUAUAAUUGCUAGGACAGGGAACACAAAUGUCCCGUUGCCAUUUAACAAAAAUCUACUUUCAAAACGUUUUCAGACAUUACAGAUCAAUAAAACAUUACACUGUAAGAA